CAUUUUUUCGAAGGAAUCUUCCUGAUUAUACAGGCAAAGACAAACUGUGAGUCUCACCACAACCCUUUAGCAGUUUUGUUUAAUCUGUUGGCGGACUGAAGACAUACUCUGCACGAAUAUUACAGACGCUCGAUUGUUUUUAAUCCGGGUCCAAGCGCAGGCUUAGCUCUGGGCUGCACUGGGCUGCAGAUGGCUGGUUAGCUCGGCUAGCUAACGUUAGCUGUGUCUGUAAACAAACACUACAGACAGUGAGGAAACAGCAGCUGAUAAACGAGCGCACACAUGCCAGGGUUGUUCGGUAGAUGUGGUCGAUCAUUCAGUUAGAGAAAGAGCCAACAUAACUUUGGAAACAUAACGUUGGGGGGGGGGGGGGGCCAGGAGCCAGGAGCCAGGAGGCAGUUUGACGCUGCAAGUCUGCAGGUUUGCGCCACAACUUCAGUUUUGAUGACACUGCGAGUUUCUCCAAACUAGGUAGGAGCUCAUUCGCUUUAGAGCGGGUCGGGUUCAGUCGGUUCUCGGGGUAAACACACACCGUACACCGACAUGUCGUCCUUCUCCGAGUCGGCUCUGGAGAAGAAGCUGACGGAGCUAAGCAGCUCGCAGCAGAGCGUCCAGACUCUGUCUCUGUGGAUCAUUCACCACCGCAAGCACUCGGGCCUCAUCGUCAAAGUGUGGCACAGAGAGCUGAAAAAAGCUAAAAGCUCCAGGAAGCUGACGUUCCUGUAUCUGGCCAACGAUGUCAUCCAGAACAGCAAGAAGAAAGGACCCGAGUUCACCAAAGACUUUGAGACUGUCCUUGUCGAUGCCUGCUCCCAUGUUGCCAGGGAAGCAGAUGACGGCAGUAAAAAGCACAUGGAGAGACUGCUGAACAUCUGGAAAGAGAGAGCCCUCUACAGAGGAGACUUCAUUCAGCAGCUCAAACUGGCCAUAGAAGACUCCAACAGCCCCAGGCCUUCAGAAGAGAAGAAGGCUGUGAAACGAAGCUAUCAGAAGAUCCAAGAAGAAGAAGAAGACGAUGAAGAUGACGACUACAGAAGCCACACCUCCCCUCAUAACGCAGACAUGUCCGCAACUCAGCUGACGGAGGAGCUGGUGAAAGCCCUUCAGGACUUGGAGAAUGCUGCAUCAGGCGACGCAGCAGUUCGUCAGAAGAUCGCCUCGCUGCCGCAGGAAGUCCAGGACGUUUCCCUGCUGGAGCAAAUCGGUGACAAGGAGGCAGCAGACAAGCUGUCGAAGACGGUGGACGAAGCGUGUUUGCUGCUGGCGGAGUACAACGGCCGACUGGCUGCAGAGCUGGAGGACCGGAGGCAGCUGGCUCGCAUGCUGACGGAGUACAUCAACAGCCAGAGGGAGGCGCUCAUGGAGAGAGAAAAGAAACUAGAGGAGUAUAAGCAGAAACUGGCGAGAGUGACCCAAGUUAGGAAAGAGCUAAAGUCCCACAUCCAGAGUCUCCCUGACCUCUCCCUCCUGCCCAACGUGACCGGGGGUCUGGCCCCACUGCCCUCGGCCGGAGAUCUCUUCUCCACCGACUGAGAGGGCAUUCGCCCAGAAAAACCACCCACAUGCCCCUCCCCGACCCAAACCCAGCCACAUGGUUGAUUCACAGAACAAUCCCAGCUGUGUCACUAGGUCAGAGUGCACAUGUGGUCAAACCUCCCUCGGCAAUCGUGCAAGACAAGAGUGAGGAAGGGACGCUAGAAGCAAGGUUUGGUGAAAUCAAAAUGCUCUGCAGAGGAGAACAGAGACUCUGUUGGCCUGGAUCUUUCCAGCACUUGCUCGAUCGACAAGGAUUCCACUCCACCAGCUUAGAACGAGUUUGUUUCCUGAUUGUUUUUACUUUUUUUUUUUUUUUAGGAGGAGGGGCGGGGUAAAGAAGCAACGCUUAGACAGACAUACAUGUUGGCUGUAAGGACGUGUCAAUCAAAGUGUCUUCCUGCGUGGUGUAUUGUGGAUUCUGUGAGCAAAGGUAUGCCAUUUGCUCUCACAGUUCUCCGAGGUUGUGACUACACUGUGAAGAGGAUGUACCAUUCAUUAGUUUUAUUUUUUUUGGUUUUCAGUUGGUGGCUUUUUUAUUGACCCAUAGGCGGUCUCGAUGUGUUUGUAUAAUUAGAGAAGAUAUCAUCAGAUUGUGUUCAGUGCAUGUUGCUUCAUGAAGGCAUGUGGUCAACAGUUUCUAGUGGGCACACUCAUUUCAGUAACACUUCAUAGAGACGGUGAUUAAAUAGGUUUCGUCCUCGUAGUAAAAGACAAUAGACAUGCCUUGGUUUUCGUGCCCCCCCCCCCUGUUUGCGAGCGCUUUUCUCGUUUACAGACUUCAACUUUGUGAUUCAAAGUUCCCAUUUGUUUUCAUGCAUUCAUUUGGACAGAUGCUUGAGAUAAUUCUGUUAUAUGUGUGUACUGGACAAGGUUUGAGUUUUACAAAUAAAUCCUGGAAGAUUGAGUAAACAUUUCAAAACGAGAUUGUUUGCUUUCCAACAGACUAUCUGGUCUUUAAUAGAAUCAAACCCUAAAACUCCGAAAUACAAUAUCUACAAGAACGGAUGAGAAAAAACUACAAAGUAUUAAAUAUUCAGUUUUAGUAUGCAGAGCUGGGCAAUGUAGAAAUAAAGAAACAUCAAGAUAAGUAGACCAGAUGAAGACCUUUUAUAUUACGUGUUUUGGUAUAAAAAAAACAAACAUUGGAUGUAAAGUGAAGUGGACCGUUUAAGGAUUCACAAUUAAAUUCAAUUCUCACAAUUAGUAUUAAAAUGGUGAAUACUAAUUUAUACAUAUUGCUGAGCCCUACUCGUGUGUAGACGCUCAGUGAUGAAGUAUUUUACUGAAGAGAAGCAGCAACAAAUUCACCCCUUCACGCCCUUUCUCAUGUUUCUUUUUUUUAAAAUGAGGACACAAACCAUAUCCCUGAAAUGUAUAUGUUAAGGAUAUGAGUCGUGGCUUAUUCCCCACAUCAUUUUUGGUACAAACAGUUUCAUAUGAUUCACUUAACCGUUCUCUGUCAAAGCCUGAACAUCAUGUAUUAUUUGUUUAGCUCAUAUUUGAUUUUCAAUUGUCUGUAUACCGAAAAAAAAUAUUUCAAGAAGUUUUAUAAAACUUAAUAAAAAUGGUUUACUUUC